CUGAACAUCAUUAUAAACUUGGGAGACAGCACAACAUCUUUUCUUAAUGUAAGUCAUUACAUUGUGGCAUUGGUAUUUAUUUGAACAACACACCAGCUUAAUUUGCAAUCACAGCAGCUUUUUGAACAAUACCACAGCACAUUCAAAAAAUGAUAUCUUUUCCAUCAAAACUCUGUUUUAACACACACACACGCACAUAUAUUCACAUAUAUAUAUAUAUAUAUAUAUAUACACACACAGACGCACAUAUACAUAUAUUCAUAUAUAUAUAUAUAUAUAUAUAUAUAUAGAUAGAUAGAUAUAGAUAUAUAUAGAUAUAUAUAAAUAUAUAGAUAUAUAUAUAUAUAUAUAUGUAUAUAUAUAUUCCCCUUGCUGUCCUUUUGAAUAGAUGUUUCAUUCUUAUUUUAUUUUUCUUACUUUAUUUGUACCGUUCACUGAAGAAGGCUUCUUGCCGACACUAUCGUUGUUGCUCUGUUGCAUACGACUUUCUUUCAGGUUUCCCGUACCUUGGUGUAUACCUUUCCUUCUGUUCCGUUUCCGUCCGAUUUCAGUUUCUCGAAGCCUUUAGCAAACAUGGCGCUGUGCACCAACCAGGACAACAAGACUGUCCGGCUGGUCGAGCCCGACUACCUCCACCAUUACCCCACCUUCAAGAGGGUCCGGCUGGCGGCCGUGAAGGAGGUCAUCUUCAACCCUGACCUUCCGACAUUCAGACACAUGGACCGGGACACCGUGAGUAACCGUGGAUUAGUAGGGGGAGAUAGCAGAGCCACUGGGAGUCAUCCAUGGAUUAGUAAAGGGGAUAACGGGCGGAGAAGAGGGUGAAUAAUCUGUAGUUUAGUAGGAGAGAUAAUAAUUUAAUAACAUUUAUUAUCCGAAGACAAGGGGAGUUAUCCCGGUACUAAAUGGCUAUGGGAUAUAACUCUGCAAUACUGAGCAGACAACUCCCUUGACAUAAUUUGUUUUCUUCUCUUUUAACCAUUCUCUCUCCCACUCUAACUCUAAUCUUAGAAAAUACUCUCUCUCUCUCUCUCUCUCUCUCUCUAUAUAUAUAUAUAUAUAUAUAUAUAUAUAUAUAUAUAUAUAUAUAUAUAUAUAUAUAUAUAUAUAAUAUAUAUAUAUAUAUAUAUAUAUAAUAUAUAUAUAUAUAUAUAUAUACUCUCUCUCUCUCUCUCUCUCUCUCUCUAUAUAUAUAUAUAUAUAUAUAUAUAUAUAUAUAUAUAUAUAUAUAUAUAUAUAUAUACAUAAUAUAUAUGUAUAUAUAUAUACAUAAUAUAUAUGUAUAUAUAUAUAUCUUUCUCUCUAUCUCUAUCUAUCUGUGUAUCUCUCUCACUCACUCUCUGUUCCAGGUCAUGUGUAAGCUAUGUGACGAGCAUUGUCAGACCACCUCCUGCUGCACACCCCGUGACUUCGCAGAGGCGGAAAUGAACGGGCUGAGGGCCCCGCCAUUUAAGUUCCACUGUCUGAACAUCACCGAAACGGGCCGGGAGCUCAACCGGAUGUACUACACAGCUGCAGACGUUCAGGUGAGACAGUUGGUGACUUGGUGAGCUGUGUGUUUACCACGUCAGUAUAGUCAUCGGACUGAAAAAUCAUUGCUUCCACUAGAUGCCUUGACUUGGCAUCCGCUGACAAAUCAUUGCUUCCACUAGAUGCCUUGACUUGACAUCCUCAUAAAAAUCAUUGCUUCCAUUAGAUACCAAAUGCCUUUACAUGACAUCUACUGAUAAAUCAUUGCUGUCCCCCCAGAUGCAUCUAGCUGCCAUCGAUUGCUGACAAAUCAUUGUGUCCUGUGUCAAAUUUAAACAAAUAUUUCAAUUGGCUUAGUGCCGCCUGAUUAUUUGUUGUUCCCGAUUCCUUUUUUUUUUUACCCCGCAUCCGGUUUGAUUUUCAGGAUUUUCCGAUGGCAAGAGUUUACCCUAUAAUGUUUUUCUCAGAAAGGUGCAUCAUACUGGUCACGCUACCUGGAAAGGGGAAAGCCCGUUGAAACAUCCAAGCACCCGCUGUGGAGGGCGAUUGACGAAAUGUCUCAUGCCCAUCUCCACUUUGAUGGGUCAACGGUCCGACUGGUCAAACCUGAGCUGAGGAACUGGAGGUAGGUUGACAUGGGGCAGUGAUCACACAACAAAAGGUUGAUAGAUAUUAAUUAUCAUAUUUUAGAAACCUGAGGUAUGGGGACAAGCAAUUUCUCGUGCUUCCUGGUAUCUUUGUUCUAACUCUGCAACUGUAAAGCCAGCUGGUUAAUGUUUAAAUUUAAAGUUAAAGCUGAGUGACACAAAAAUUAGUAUACCCUUAUGAUCAAUUGGCGGAUCGAGGGAUGGAAAUGGCCCGGGCUUAUGUGACGUGUUAACCAUUUAUGGGUAUGUGUUUUAAUGGACCUGUAUCUCUGGUAUAUUUGAAUAACUUUAAUCAAUUGAUUUAGCCAAUCGGACGAUGCCAAAUUGAUUAUCCUCUGCUGAGGACCAAUGGUAAUCUUCCAUCGAGUGUUCAUUGUUGUUUCCUGUAGUUGCCUAAUGGGGAUUUCCUUGCUGCUUUCCGGUCGGUUUUUGCCCUUGCUUCUCCGGGUUGAUGUUUUUUGUGUUGUUUUCUAUUCAGGUUUGCAAUGUUAUCACAAUCCUCCUGUAUUUCGACAGGUUGACAUUCAGGGGCGUGCACCAGCUUGACCCGAAUGGUUACAGGCAACAGCAGCCCGCCCCAUCGGACACAGACUCUCGUCAUCGCCACGCCCACCCAAUAUUUUCCAAGGCCGUGUCCAACGAUGCCUGGCGUGAUCCCUCCAGGAACCCUGAGCACCCCAACCCCCCACGGCCUUAAAAAAAAAAAGUGUGUGGGGAAAAGGGGGGUGGGGCCAAUUUAAUGUCAUCUUUGUUUACAAUUCCAUCAAAGACAAACCUAAAUAGAAACAAUGUUAUAGACAAAAUGGGACGAAUUAACAAUUGUUAACAUUGUCAAGAUGGCAUUGAUCAAUAAGGGCUUAAUAAAAACUUGACCUAUGGGAUUCAAUGGUUAGGUCAAGACAUUUUUAACAGAAAUCAUUGCUUUUGGGAAGAAUUACUGGCGCUGUGGCCUAUGCAUUCUUUAACAUAUCAGUGUCCAAUGUAAAGGAGUGAGACUCACUGAGGAUUGCUAUACGAACAACAGACUUGAAGUCCCCCAUCCGGACAGAAGCGGAACACGACAUCAAGGGGAGUGAAUAAUUUCAAUUUUUACUUUCCUGUGGAUUCGGUAGUCGUCUCCCUCUACAACAAAGAAAGAAAAUUUAUAUACGUGAUCGGUUCAUUUCUUUCCGAAAGAAAUAUAAUGGUCUACUCCUGGAAAUAUCCCAAAAUGGCGAUAUUGAAACAAUGUCAAGCCAUCGAUUUGAGUAAGACAAGAGAAGAAGAGAAACCGUACCAUCUGAAAAGGCACCUAAAUUAAUAUUGGCUGAAUGUGGUCUGGGUAGGCUCGAGCGAGAUUAGACGUUUCUCUAUUGUCAACAACUCGGCAUUUUUGUGGGGUUAUUUUGAUGGGCUUACGUCAUUAUAAUGUUACGCGCGUCUGUUCAUGAAGGGAAC